AGUCAAUAGUUUUUUCGCCCAGUGACACUGCAGCUCUAUGUCCGGGCAUGUAGAUCAUAGCGGCUCGGCCUUUGUUAGCGAGUCGCUGAGAAGAACCAAGAAAGCCAGAGGAGUCGCAUUCAUGCUCAUACAGAGAGGAAAAUGAUCAUCUGCACGAAAAGCAUGGACUAUCGCCUUGGAACCCAGUGCCAAUUCGUGCAAAAUCAGGUGAUGGUGAACUCUGAGAAAGACCGUGCUUCUCUCAUGUGUAUGAAGGCUCUUGUCAACAGGGGGCGUCUGGACACGGUGUCUCAGCAGAUGGCCUCUCACCCACAGUACCUGGAGAGUUUCCUGCGCACACAGCACUACAUUCUCUAUAUGGAUGGCCCAUUGCCCCUGCCCUACCGCCACUACAUUGCCAUCAUGGCUGCAGCUCGGCAUCACUGUAGGGACCUGGUAUCUCUGCACUCGGCUCAGUUUCUGCGUGUUGGCGGAGACCCAUUAUGGCUUCAGGGGUUAAAGGCUGCACCGCCACGUCUACAGCACCUUGAUCAAAUCAACAAGGUCCUGGCCCAUCAGCCUUGGCUCACGGCACGCUCUCACAUACAGGCUCUGCUCAAGACAGGAGAGCAGUGCUGGUCUCUGGCAGAGCUGGUUCAGGCCGUGGUUCUGCUGGCCCACUGUCACUCCCUUUGCAGUUUCGUUUUCGGUUCUGGUUCUGACUCGGACUCCACUCCCACUCCCAGAGUGCAUCAUGGCACACCUCCUGGCUACUGUCUCUGUGACGCUGCCAAUGGCAACACCACCUUUUCGCCACCCCCUGCUGGACCCACAGAGAAGGCACCACGACGAAGGUCCUUAGACUCCAUCUGUGAAGUCGCUUACCUUCGAGAACAAAUUCAAAAAUCACAGGAGGAGAUCAAGGAAAGAAAAGGAGACAGACUCCAUUCGCAGACACUCCUACAUGCAGAUGUGGAGGAGGAGGACGAGGCAAAGUUCUCCGCAGACCCCUACCGCUUCGUCACAGACCCAGAAUUCGGCUACCAGGAAUUUGCCAGACGGGAGGAGGACCAUUUCCAAGUAUUCCGGGUGCAGGACUAUUCAUGGGAGGAUCACGGCUUCUCGUUGGUGAACAGGCUCUACUCUGAUAUAGGUCACUUGUUGGACGAGCGAUUCCGCAGUGUGGCCUCCCUCCCUUUCCCUCACAGCCCCGAUCUCAAACGAGCCAUCUGGAACUACAUUCAUUGUAUCUACGGCAUCAGAUAUGAUGAUUACGAUUAUGGGGAAGUCAACCGGUUACUGGAUCGUGGAUUGAAACUUUAUAUUAAAGCUGUGGCCUGCUAUCCCGACUCCAGCAAGACCCCUCUAUGCCCACUGUCCUGGGCCACUGUCAAAGCUUCAGAGAAGGUUCAUAUAAAUUUGUUGGUGAUGGAGGCACGUCUUCAGGCCGAGCUGCUGUACGCGCUCCGAGCCAUCACUCAAUACAUGAUCGCAUAGGACACGAGCGUUCAGCACCACAGAGGGACAUGGUACAACGAAAGUCAAGGCAAAGAAAUACAAUCAGAGAUCCGUCUCUGUAUUUGUUGUCUCUGAGUUUAACCAGUGUGAUGUAAGGUACUGCUGUGAAACGUUUCUUUGCCAAAGGUGAAACUUUAGAGAAAAAAAAAAAAAAAGGUGCAAAGCAAUCACUCUAACCCCUACUGUCAUUUUGCAUGUUUCUCCUACUUCAUUUUGUUUCUGUAUUUGUCCUAUUGUGCGCAUACUCUUCUUUUUCUACCUCUUUUUUUUUUUUUUUUUUUUUUUAAGUAUCUUUAUAUCAGAUGGUUAAUGUGCAAUUAUUUUUAUUCACUUGUGGUUGUUGUCAUUAAUAUUUUCCCAUUUGUUUGUUUUGUUUGUUUUUUGCUGUUGCUAUUCAACUGAGUGAGAGAAAACGUGUACAACUGUCCAUUUCCAAAGUAUCCAGCUCUGGAAAGGUCAUCGCCAAUUUGAGUCACUGUUUACAGAAAAUGAGUGAUUGGACAAAGGCUUUUGCUUAACAUGGCUUCCAGAUAUUUCAUUUGAAUGUGGAAUAGUGAGAUCAGAGCAAAAUUUAACAAAGGGUAAGAGAAGGUUCAACAGCUGUAACUUUCUUUUUAAAUGAGCACUUUUAAGUCAGUAUAUAUCUAUAGAAUCUCUCAAUAAGCUUUCGGCUGUGGCUUCACAGCAGGUCAUCAAGUACUGUUUUCACUCCAUUCAAUCUAAUCUAAUCAGUUAUUAGCUUUGAUGUUUUCCAAAAUCUUCCACACGCUCUUCUCUCUGCAUGGGUGCUGUAAGUCAUACAAAUGGGUACAUUUAUAGGAUCCAUAUUUAUCAUCCGAUUCAUCUCAGUAGGCAUCUAAACCGCUUUACAAUGUGAAGAUCUAAAUUUGACUGGUUCAAAGAAGUAGAAUGGAAUCACUUUUUCUAAA